AUGGCUGUGCUGGUGGUGAUCACGGCGGCAGGGGAGGACACUUCAGCAGAGGUGGGCGUUGGCACCUGCCAGUUGUCAGGGACCGUCCGAGACUGCAGCUGCGAGUAUGCGGCGGUCGAGCGGGUGAACAGGGAGGCGGUGCUGCCGGUGCUGAGGGACUUGGUGCGGCAGCCCUUCUUCCGCUACUUCAAGGUCAGCCUUUACUGCGACUGCCCCUUUUGGCCGGACGACGGCAUGUGCGUGCUGCGCGACUGCAGCGUCUGCCCCUGUGAGGACCACGAGGUGCCUGCGCCCUGGAAGGCCGCCGACAAUGGCGGGCCUACGCCUGGUUGUGAAGGCUCGCCGCGGCUGGAGGCGGAGUCAGCGGUGGACAGGAGGGUGGAUGCCAGCACAAAGGAGCAUCUGGUGAGCAUCCGGGGCUGGCGCGGGUUCAACAACCCCUGGAUGGUGGAGGAUGAGGAAGAUGUGGAGUACUCCUACAUCAACCUGCUCAUGAACCCCGAGCGCUACACCGGCUACCAGGGUGAGCAUGCGCACCGCAUCUGGAAUCUGAUCUACUCCCAGAGCUGCUUCAGCAACAUCACGGAUCCGGAUACAUGCACCGAGCGCAGGGUCUUCUACAGGCUCAUCUCAGGGAUGCAUUCGUCCAUAAGCGCGCACAUCGCGAAGGAGUAUUUGCUGGAUGAGAGAGCGGGCAGGUGGGGCCCUAAUCUGGCGCUCUUCCGGGAGCGGCUGGGCAACCCAGGGGUGCGCGAGAGGGUGGAGAAUCUAUACUUUGCGUACCUUUUUGUGCUUCGAGCCGCGCUCAAAGCGGGCCCGCUGCUGAGGGAGGCCGCGUAUGACACGGGAUCGCCUCUGGAGGACGCGCGCACCUCCGAACUCGUGCGGAAGCUGGUGGACAGCGAGGCGGUGAAGCAGGCGUGCCCGGUGCCCUUUGACGAGGGGCGGCUGUGGAAGGGGGAGGAUGGGGAGCAAUUGAAGAAGCAGCUGCAGGCGCACUUCCACAACAUCACCAAGGCCAUGGACUGCGUGGGAUGUGAGAAGUGCAAGCUCUGGGGCAAGCUCCAGAUCCUGGGCAUUGCGACGUCUCUAAAGGUGCUCUUUUCAGCGGAGGACUGCACUGAAUGCCAGUCGGCAGAGCCGCAGCUGAGGUUGGAGCGGAAUGAGGUGAUAGCCAUGCUGAAUUUGUUAGAACGGCUCGCAGCCUCCAUAGAGGUGGUCAGGGAAAUGAGCCUGCAGCUGGCAGACAGCGCUAAUCACCCCAGGGGCCUGGGAGCGAUUGAGGAUGUCACCCACGAGUCCCUGAAUGAUGUGCUGCGGCAGAGCCUGAUGGGGCAUGCUUGA